AAUAUGCACGCACCAUCCAGCCAUGCAAAGCUCGCAACCAUCCACCAUAUGCUUUUCAGACCUCAGUGAGCCAGGACUCACUUCCGACUGAACCAUGGGCGUCAUUGUCAAGUUCAUCGCAACCUUAAGUCUUCUCUGUGCAAUAUAUCUAUCUUCCUCCGUCGCCGUUGACCCUUGUGCUUCAAAGCCCGACGACUCCGGCCUUACCGUCAUACCCAUUUAUGGCAAGUGCUCACCCUUCAACCUGCCCAAAACAGAAUCCUGGGUCAACACCAUCAUGAACAUGGCCACUAAGGAUCCGGAGCGAGUCAAGUACUUGUCCACCCUCGUUGCUCAAAAGUCCGUCUCCUCCAUCCCCAUUGCUUCCGGUCAGAACUUCAACAUCGGCAACUACGUCGUCCGGGUCAAAAUCGGAUCUCCAGCACAACUCAUGUUCAUGGUCCUCGACACCAGCAGCAAUGAGGCCUGGGUCCCAUGCUCCGGAUGCACCGGUUGCUCCGCCACCACAUUCUCCCCCAACGCUUCUACCAGCUACGGGUCGUUGGAUUGCUCCGACCCCCAGUGCAGCUCGGUCCGUGGGCUGUCCUGCCUCAGUACCGGAUCCACUUCGUGCUCCUUCAACCAAUCCUACGCGGACUCAUCGUUCUCGGCCACGCUCGUGCAUGAUUCGCUCACGUUAGCCGAAAAGGUCAUAACGAAUUAUGCUUUCGGCUGCAUCAACGCCAUUGCCGGCGGUUCAAUUCCAGCCCAAGGUUUAUUGGGGUUAGGCCGCGGGCCUCUCUCACUGCUUUCCCAAACCGGAUAUCUUUACUCGGGCGUGUUCUCCUACUGCCUUCCCAGUUUCAAGUCCUACUACUUCUCCGGGUCACUCAAACUGGGACCCGUGGGUCAACCCAGGAGCAUCCGAACCACCCCUCUUCUGCAAAACCCCCACCGGCCGUCUCUGUACUACGUGAACCUUACGGGGGUCAGCGUCGGGCGCGUGUGGGUCCCUUUUCCCACUGAGCUUCUGGCGUUUAACCCGUACACCGGAUCGGGAACCAUAAUAGAUUCGGGCACUGUCAUAACCCGAUUCGUUGAGCCAGCGUACAAUGCAAUCAGGGAUGAGUUUAGGAAGCAGGUGAAAGGUCCGUUUUCGAGCUUGGGGGCAUUUGAAACCUGCUUCGUUAAGACGUACGAGACCCUGGCUCCGGCUAUCACAAUGCAUUUCACAGGUCUGGAUUUGACUCUGCCGAUGGAGAACAGUCUGAUACACAGCAGUUCAGGUUCACUAGCUUGCUUGGCCAUGGCGGCAGCACCCAACAACGUUAACUCCGUGUUGAAUGUGAUUGCCAAUUACCAGCAGCAGAACGUUAGGCUUUUGUUCGACACGGUGAGCAACAGGGUUGGCAUAGCUCGAGAGCUAUGCAACUAGGCUUUUGUUUUGUGUUGUUUGUGGGUAAACGGCCUUUAUGUUUUGUUUCGAACCCGUCUUUUUGUGUCAGCGAAUAAGCACUGUGGCUUUGGAAGAUAUAUGAUGUAACAUCUCUGUUGAUGAUGAUCGUUACCACAAAGGGGAGCGAUUAUUGUAAUGAUGGAUCAAGUGUAAUACCAAUAUCAAUGGCUAGAAAAGCAAGAGCAUAAAAUUUCUUGUUGGUGGA